UGCAUUUAUUUUACUUAGCAUUACAAAAAGUCCUGCCCAUACAUACAAGUAUAUGCACAUAUGUAUGUAUGUAUAAAUAUCGCCUGCUUUAACGUAUCCGUUUGCAAUAAAAACACAGCUCUUAAGUAUGUGUACCAUAGAUAACAUGCACACAAAUAUAGAACUAACGUUUGCAGAACUAUAUUGGCAGAGUCUAUAACAAACAAGUCGUAAAAAUCUUAGAUAACAGGAAAUAAAACAACGCACAAUCAAAUGUUUGUGAAGUAUCUGCGUCUCUGAUUUGUUUGAUCUGGAAUUGACACUCACUCUAGUUGCGUAUACGGGACUCCUGCUGUGAUUAACAUGCUCUAUUCAGGUAUAAAAACCAAAGCAAAUCCUUAUAGUUCAUCAGUUGUUAUCUGCAAUCCUUCGGAGAAUUUUCAUCGCUCAGUGCAAUACCGUUAAAUAUAACAGUUAAAAAUGGUUAAGCUAGUUUGUCUUGUUUUCACUUUGUCUUUCUGUUUAGUAUUAUAUUCAUCUCAAGCGUUGCCUACUCCCGAUGAGGAGCGUUACAUGGAAAAAGAAUACAACCGCGAGCUUUUAAAUUGGCUCAACUCUAUACAAUACCCACAGGCUUAUGCAGCCCCUUGUAAAUAUUAUCCGAUCAAUAGUUUGACUGGACCUGUACCAAAAAGGAACUCGGAGUUGAUUAAUUCAUUGCUUAGCCUGCCAAAAAGCAUGAACGAGGCUGGAAAAUAAAUUAUGAACUGAACUAAUGUUUUCCGUAUGUAAUUUAAAAAUAUAUAUGUAGAUAAAUCCAUUUCGAAGGUAACACGCAAUGUGAGAGGUUAGGUAUUUCCUAUACAAAUACAUAUAUUUAUUCAAAAUAUAUAUAUAUAAUUAUAAAACAAUUCAAAAAUACUCUACUGUAUUACAAAUUAUAUAAAGAUGUAACAAGUAAAGUGCUAUAAUAAUAAUGUCGUUAAUUAUGUCGUUAUAAAUCACCAAAUAAAAGUAAUUGAAAAACAAAUGAA